AUGUUAAAAGACUUAACGAUUGCAAAAUUGACCACAAUAUUGGACACUUCUUAUAUACCAGUCCUGACAAAUGCCUCAGGUAAUUUGAGUCAAAUAGCUUUAGGAAAUAAUAUACCUUUACCCAUCAGACAACCACAAUUUGCUCAAGUUGCUUCAUUGUCAACAAAUACUACAUUAUCGCCACAACCAUCAACUCAACAUCAACAAACACAAUCCAAUUGCACUGGAACUAAUGAAAAUACAUGUGGUCAAUCUGAUCAACAGAGUACAAUGCAAACUUCUAAUACUCAAAGUGAUCCAAAUUCAAUACCACCUGAUGUGACUAGAAAUAUUAGUACAGUUGGUCGACGACCUGGACCUCCACCACCAGCACCUGAACGUAGAGAUAGUGUUCCACAAAAAACUAUAGAAAAAAUCAAUCAAAUUUCUGCAAUUGAAUCCACAUCUUUGUCUACACAAAUUCAAUCAGAAAAAAAUUCAUUACCAACAUCACUACUGUUAAGAGAUCAAUCGGAUUCACAAGGUGAAGAAGAAGAAGAAGAAGUUUCAGAAUCACUUCACAAUUCACAACAAUCACAUCCUUUAGCUAUGGGGAAUUAUCACUGGACCGAAGUGACUACAUUUGCUUCAUCUAUAAAUUUAACAACACGUGGACGAAGUGCAUUAAGUAUGGCUAAUCUAUGCAUUGACAGAGAUGGUUCAGAUCUUGAUAAAGCAAGUGAUAUUGAACAAAAUGGUCUAAGUGCAUUACGUCGAUCACAUCUACUUACAUCUGUGAGUGCUUAUGCAUCAGAUGCAGAUAAUACAGAAGAUGAUCAUCAUUCUAUAUGCAGUCAACGUAGUGGUACUGCACGUUCUAUGUCAACUAUAUGUCGUCAUGGUCAUAGACAACAUCAUCAUCAUCAUCAUUAUCGUCAUGUUCAUAAUCAUAAUAAUCGUCAUCAUCAUCAGCAUCAUCAAAAUCGUGCUCGUUGUCUUUCAGCAAUAGAUCCUUACAUUAUUUAUAAUCAAAAUGUUGAUGAACCAAAUAAUCAAAAUUCUAUCACAAAUCAUAAACAAGAUUCUUGCCAAACAGAUAAUCAAGUUAAUGAUCAUGGUACACAUUGGAAAUCACAAACAUUUCGUCGUCUUAUAAUGCAUAACAAUCAAUCAUUAACACUAAAUUCAAAUAGAAUUGUUGACCCUAAUUGA